AUGGGUGAAUCGUUUGACAUUCAGAACCUCCUCCAGACGGGGUACUUUACAACGUCCCGGGCCAAGAGCCCAAAGCCUCAACCCUCGUCGCAAAUUGAAGAUCGUCCUUCCUCUCAACCCCCACCUUCACAGCAACCACCAUAUCAGCUGCCCUACCAGCCAUUAAUACCGCGACCACGCUCUGCCGCCCCAGCACGAGUGCCUAAAGUCCGACCACCACCGCCGUCUGUUGAGGAUGAAGAGAUUUCGCUGAAGCGGGAGCAUGGAGCGUGCCUCUCUCAGAACCAGGAGGGGGAGCCUCCGUCACGUGGUGAUGUUGAGCAGAACCCCAUGAUUAUGGAAGUUCACGAGUAUAAUCCAGAGAGGCGGUUUGUCAUUUUGACGGGUUCAUCGAGCGGUUCCGAGGGUGGUGAGACAGAAAGAAGUGGUGGAGCAGACAGGAGAAGAGAGCCUGAGAAGAGAGCGGAAGCCGAUCGACGAAACGAGCCGAGUAGAAGGCAUGAGCCAGAGCGCAGGUAUGAACCAGAGCGCAGGUAUGAACCAGAGCGGAGGAAUGAACCAGAGCGGAGGAAUGAGCCAGAGCGGAGGAAUGAGCCAGAGCGGAGGAAUGAGCCAGAACGAAGAACUGAGCCCAAGCCUCCACGAGUCGAGCGCUUUGAUAAAUCCGACAGAACUGAAAGGGUUGAACGACAGGAUAAGCCAUUGAGUGACGCCUACACAGAAACAAGACCCAGCAGGAAAUACGACACUAACCUCAAAACCGAUAUACCAACUGCCAGGGAGCGCAGCAGACCGCCUCUGGAGAAACGACGCAGUAGACAGGACCUGCCUCGACUUGAGACUGAGCUUAGAGACGAUCAGCUGCCUGAGAAAUACCGGUCUCGUCCCUCGGCCCCGGCUAACAGCCGAUACGAUUUACCUCCUGCUCGCCCCCCUAAGAUUCCUAUUGACCCCCAGCUGGCCCCUGAAGUCAUCAAGAGUAGUGCCAGUGGUCGUGAUCAAGCAUACUAUGGACAGUCUCAGGGUGCCGGUCGCAAGUCUCCUGUUAGACCCAGUCACGUCUCGAACAUGCCAACCGAGAGGCGAUAUGAGAGUGGCCAUACUCGAAACUCUUCGACCGCCUCUAAUUCAAAACGCACAACUGUCGAGCCUGAGAAGCCGACACGCCCGCUGUCGAAGGAGCGGGUUGGCGAGACUUCGGCUCGUCCCCUUUCAAAAGAACGGGUUGAUGAGAAACCUACCCGUCCGCUAUCGAAAGAAGGGGUUGGGGAGACGCCUUAUAGGAGCGAGUACGCAUCAAGAAGCGGUAAGAAGGAGAGAUCACCUACAUAUGGAAGACCGGAGCGCGAGGAUUACGGACGAUCUUCAACGUUUCCCAUGCGAGAGCCUGUGCGGGAACCUGUACGAGAACCAACAGUUCGACGAGAAGACCGUCGUGAUGAUCGUCGUGAAGGUCGUGAUGAUCGAGGAGAUGACAGCCGCUCCGGUGAUGACCACCCCAAGGGUCCACGAGAACUCAACCCGGGGCGCAAGAAAUCUGUCAUCUUACAGGAUGAACGGGAUUCUCAAUCUAAAUUGGAGAAAACCGAUGCUCCAAGCGGCCCCAGGCUAAGACCUCGAGGACCCACGAUACCAAUUCCAGUCCCUAUUCCCAUGGGUUCAAAUGCCCCAGACGACUUCCCUCCCAGCAUCCGACCUGCAUCGACAUUUCCAAUCACCAGAGAUGAGCAUGUCCUCCCAGAAAGGCCAAAAUCUCAACUUCCUUACCCUGUGGACGAUGACACCCUGGUUGAUCCUUUCGAUGUUCGGGGUAAUGUAGAGAGAAUUGGUAGGCCACGAUCUCGUUAUGAACCAGAUCCAGUCAUCUCCAUGCCAGAGAUGCCGAUACCUAUCGCCAUUGGCCCUGAAACACCAAUCGAGGCCAGGCCUACAUCAGCUAUUCCGCAAGAUGUCCGCCCCAUCCCCCCGGUGCACUCCUGGAAGCCGCCGACUUUUGAUCCUACCCGAGAUGGUGUUCGCCUUGAGAAACCAAUGGGAUCUGUUCGGCGUCACUCAGAGCAUCAAGAAGCGACGGGUGUUACCACAUUUCCCGAAUGCCGUCGCAAGCAUCCUGUGGCAGGUUUGGUAGACUGGCUCACGUUGCCCCGAACGGACUUCAACAUUUGCCCUGACUGCUAUGGGGCUGUCUUUUCCAAAACUGAGUAUCGGAAGCCGUUCCAACCUAUGCUUCGCCCUACGGCCCAACCGAUUGCAUGCGAUUUUGGUGUUGGACCAUGGUAUCGCAUUGCGUGGCUUCUCACCUUGAAGAAUGACCUACGAGAUUUACGGCUCUUCCACGAAGUUGCCAACGCCAUCUCCACCACUAGAAGCAUUCCGUGUCCUGGUGAUAGGGUGACCACUCGCAACUGGCUAACACUCUGGAACCCACAAACACGGCAGCCUGUCUAUGAUUUUACCAUAUGUCCACAAUGUGUCAAAAUCAUCCAGGCAUUGUUCCCCAACAUGACGGGUAUCUUUAUACCCCUAGACUCCCGUUCAGAGCCUACUAGGGGGCUUUGCGCCAUGCGAUUUAAGCCGAAACGCAAGAGAUUCGUCAUGUACUUCGACGCUAUGGAAACGGCAUCUGAUCAAGCUCGUCUUGAGCAAGAAGAGCCAGACCUUCUGACUCUGGCACAGGAGGUUGAGAAGAUGGCUGCAGUGAGCGAGUGUCAAGAGGAUAAACCCAUCGCCAAUGGGUACUGGCACAUCAUGCAGUACCUUCGCCAGUUCUCAGUUUGUGGCGAAUGUUUCGACGAAGUUGUCAAGCCGUUGAUCAAAGACGACAACGUUAUCGCUCGCAACUUCUACAUGAAGCCGCAAAAGCUACCACUGGCAACAUGCCAGCUCUACUCUAAUCGAAUGAGAGAGAUUUUCCGAAAGGCCGUAAGAUGGAAUGAUCCAAAGUACUUGGAGGCUAAAGUGAUCGAGCGCAUGGAUGUCGAGGCCAUGAUCCAUGAGAAGCUUGCCAAGUUGGAAAGAUCAAAGCACGAGGAUGAGGACUGGGUAGAAGAGCAGGUGGAUAAAUACAUCCAGGAAUGGAAGAGAUGGGAAUAA